AUGUCUCCGUCACCGUCCGUCACCGGAGUACAAGUCGAGAGCUACGUGUUCCCGCCGACGGUGAAGCCGCCGGGAUCGACCAAAACCUUGUUCCUCGGUGGCGCAGGGGCGAGAGGUUUGGAAAUAGGAGGCAAGUUUGUAAAGUUUACGGCCAUUGGUGUGUAUUUGGCGGAUAACGCCGUUUCGUCACUCGCCGUUAACUGGAAGGGUAAGACAACAGAGGAGUUGACGGAGUCCGUUGAGUUCUUCAGGGACAUCGUUACAGGUGCCUUUGAGAAAUUCAUAAAGGUUACAAUGAUUUUGCCAUUAACGGGUAAGCAAUAUUCCGAGAAGAUCAGCUUCUCCAUAGAUGACACCAUACCUGAUGUUGGGAACGCAACCAUAGAAAACAAACAAUUGUCAGAAGCAGUGCUGGAGUCGAUCAUCGGGAAGCAUGGUGUUUCCCCUGAAGCAAAGCAGAGUCUGGCUGUAAGAAUAUCAGAAUUGUUGAAUCAGAACGAUAACAAGGCUGACGAUAGAGCAGUUGGACAGUGCAAGUGUGGAGAUCACUGA